AUGUUCACUUUCGCUGCCUUCUGCUAUAUGCUGUCGCUGGUCCUCUGUGCUUCUCUGAUCUUCUUUGCGAUAUGGCAUAUAACAGCCUUUGAUGAGCUGCAGGCAGACUUUAAGGUCCCCAUCGAUCAGGGCAAUCCACUCCAUGCGAGAGAGCGACUCCGGAACAUUGAGAGGAUCUGCUGCCUGCUGAGAAAGUUGGUGCUUCCAGAGUAUUCUAUCCAUGGGCUGUUCUGUAUCAUGUUCCUGUGUGCCCAGGAGUGGCUGACAGUAGGCCUCAACAUCCCCCUCCUCUUCUACAACACAUGGAGGUACUUCCACAGCCCCACAGACACUAAGGAGCUCCUCUACGACCCAGCCUCGGUCAUGAACGGAGACACGCUCAAGUUCUGCCAAAAAGAGGCCUGGUGCAAGAUGUCCUUCUUCGUCCUCUCCUUCUUCUACUAUCUCUACUGUAUGGUCUACUCCUUGGUAACCUCAUAA